GAGAUUGAAUGGCUGCUGUGCUGUGAUGUUGCAGUUGCCGCUUGGGUACUCACUUGAAGGGGAUGGUGGGAUGGGACAAAUUCUUUUUAUUAUAGAGAGGUCCCUUUCUGAACAAAUUCUUUCCUUUACCUUGACCAUAAAGUGCCAUGGGAUUACCUUUUCCUAUUCUGCUCUUGCUUGACAUUGUAAACAGUACUACCAAGCACUAUCUCAGUUAUUUAAUCAGUAUCAUGGGCCCUUCCUUUAGCAUAAAGGAAACUUUUUUGGUCUAUGCAUUCCUUUAUUUUGAUCGGUCAGAACCAACAUAUUUAUAGAUGAUUUAAUUAUUUGUUGUAAUACUUUUUGCUUGCUUAUGGCAGUUAUGGCUCGUUUAUUUGUUUCUAAAAAGAAGAAGAUGGCAAGUACCAUUUUGGUAAUAUACACAGAGAUGAUGUUGAUGAUAAUGUCAAUGAUGGCCAAGAUUCUUGAAACCUUGGCACGAGUAAAUGUUAGGAUUCCUAGGGAAAUGGUGUAUGUUUUUGAUAGAACACUUGAUGAGAGGGUGAUGAAUAGAAUAGCUAAUCUUAGACUUAUGAUAAUGGAGAGUGAUCAAAUUUGUAUUGAUCAACUUAGAAUGCAUAGGAGGGCAUUUUGGAAGCUUUGUGAAAUGCUUAAAUCGAUUAGCAAAUUGGAGGGGAAUAGAAAUGUUCAAGUGGAAGAGAUGGUUGCAAUAUUCCUUCACAUCCUAGGCCAUCACUCAAAAAAUAGAGUUAUGCAAUUGUACUUUCGUAGAUCGGGUGAGAUAGUAAGUAGGCAUUUUAAUGUUGUCUUGAAUGCUAUCUUGAGGCUACAUAGACACUUGCUAAAGAAUCCUGAGCCUGUCACAGAAAGAUCAACAGAUGAGAAAUGGAUGUGGUUUCCGAAUUGUCUAGGUGCAUUGGAUGGUACCCAUAUUAGAAUGCGGGUCUCGAAGAAGGACAAACCUAGAUAUCGGUCGAGAAAGAAUGAGAUUUCUACCACUGUACUUGGCGUUUGCUCACAAGAUAUGCAGUUUAUUUACGUGCUACCUGGAUGGGAGGGGUCAGCACAUGAUAAUAGAGUCCUUAGGGAUGCCAUUUCUCGUAGAAAUGGAUUAAAAGUUUCGCAAGGUAAUUUUAAGUCUAAUAUUGCAGCUAUUUUUUACUUACAUGAGUAGAAUAGCUAAUUUUUUCUGAUUUCACUUUUUUUGUAUGUUUUUGAAUGAGUAGGCUAUUACUACCUAUGCGAUGCUCGGUACACAAAUUCUGAAGGUUUCUUAACUCCAUUUAGAGGUCAAAGAUAUCACCUCAAUGAGUGGAGAUAUGGUCAUCAACCCACUACACCAGAGGAGCUCUAUAACAUGAGGCACUCAAAAGCUAGGAAUGUAAUUGAGAGAUGUUUUGGCCUAUUAAAGAUGCGAUGGGCAAUCCUUAGGAGCAAUACUUGGUACCCUAUUAAGACAAUGUGUAGGAUCAUUUCUGUAUGUUGUUUGCUGCACAACUACAUUAGAAAAGAGAUGUCUGUAGAUCCUAUUGAGGCUUUGUACAAUGAGGAGUGCUCUCAUGGCAAUUUUCCACAGGAGCAGGGUGCAUAUAUUGAGUAUAUUGAGUCAUCUACAUCUUGAAAUGCAUUCAGGGCUAAUCUUGCUGCCCAAAUGUUUGAAGAGUGGCAGCAUAAUAGAAUUUGAGAAAAAAUUGUGAUCUUUGUUGUGUUUAAUAUUUGGGGCUCUUAAUAUUUGUAUGAACAUUAUGUGUUAUGCUGUAAUCCUUGUUUAAUAUUUUCCUUGCUAUGUUAUAAUCUUGUGUUAUAUUAAAUUCUUACUUAAUAGUUCCCUUGUAUCCAUUCAUUUAGAUAAUGCAAAUGUAAGAUCAUGUCGUGAGGUUGUGAAUGUAUAACUAUUAUACAUUGUAGAUUGUGAAUGUAUAUCUAUAAUAUAUGAGAUUGUGAAUGUAGAUAUGAGCACCUCAAUAGCUGGAGAAGCAUCAACAGGAAACAAGAGAACAAAGUGUAACAGAAAAUGGGGUUAUGUGGAGGAUGCAAAGCUUGUUGAGGCAUUGGUUGAGUUCGUAACCCGAGGAGGUUGGAGGGGCGAUAAUGGGACUUUUAGGAGUGGGUAUUUGCAGCAAUUGGAGAGACUAAUAGAAGAGAAGCUUUCUGGGUGUGGACUGAAAGCAACACCACAUAUCGAGUCUCGGGUCAAGCUCUUGAAGAAACAAUACAAUGCUAUUGCAGAGAUGUUGGGACCUAACUGCAGUGGAUUUGGGUGGGAUGACAUCAACAAGUGUGUGACCUGUGAGGAGGAUACUGGGUUAAGAUAAAUUGGCAUUAUAAAUUUGUUUAUUUUUUCUAUGAAUACCUUUCAUACAUGUUGUGUUACUUUUUUUUGUUCUUUUUAAUGCAGAGUCACCCAAAUGCUCAAGGUAUGAGGAACAAGCCUUUUCCUCACUUUGAGGACUUGACUAAUAUCUUUGGAAGGGAUCGUGCUACCGGAAUGGGAGCUGAAGCACCUGUAGAUGCUGUUGAAGAAAUAGAGAUGGAGGAGCAACAGUAUCCGUACACAUCACCAGCCAUCAAUGAGAGCCAAAAGGCAGAUAGCAAUUUUGUUGGUCAGAAUGUCAAUAUGAAUACUCCCCAGACAGCUACUAAUACUGAAGUUGCAGGUCCAAGUAGGCCAACCAGAACUAAGAAAGCUAGGCAUGAGGCCCUUGAGGUUGUGAGAGAUCUUACAUCUGAGAUGACUAAAGUAGUAGGCAUGAUGGCAGCUGCUGGAGAUCAUAUUGAGAAAUUGGCUCAACGUUUUAAGCACGAGUCUGAGACUGCAGAUAGAAGAAUGACAGUGGUCUAUGAGGUGAUGAAGGUGCAGGGUCUUUCUCAAUCUGAGAUUCUUAAGGUGGGCAGAAAAAUUGCAAUGGACCCACUGGAGACUGAUUACUUUUUCAGUCUUCCAGAUGACUAUAGAAGGGCAUAUGUUUUAACUCUUUGCUCAGAGUUUCAAAGUGGGAUAUAGCUAAGUUGGGUAGGGUUUGUGUAUCUUUUUGGGAUAUUAUGUAUUGGGUAGCUUUUUGGUGUAGGCCUUAUUGAUAACAAUGGAUGCAAACACUGCUUUUGGAUCAACUACAAGUUUAUGUUUUGCACUUUCUGUAUGUUGUUUCUUGUUUCGUAUGUUGCUAGGUGCUUACUCGUAUGAAUUUGGAUAGUUACUUUAAUGGAUAACAAUGGUUAUUAAUAUCCUUCUCUUCAUGAGUUAUUAUUGGUCACUAUCAUCAUGAUUUGGGUAGGUCAAUGGACGUUUUGGGGAGAAUAUAUGUGCUUGCAGCCAGCAACAUAUUUGACUUAUAAUGACUUGCUACCUUCAAUGAUGCAGCGAACCAUAGUUGACAUUCUUAACACGUUAAGAAUGGCUGUCAGGCCAAAGAUUUAACUAUGGUGGCUUCUAAUAUGAAGUGUGAAGAUGCUUCAUCCAGCACAUGAGUAUUCAUGUGACCAUGUUGAGAUGACCAGAACCUCAGUUUUCAGAAAUCAUUCAACAGACUAGUAUGUAAUAAAGGAUAAGUUAUACUUUGUUCACAGAAAUAUCAACAAAUGGCAAGGAUAGCAUAUGGUUCUUCUUUUUCCUUCAAGAGAAAGAGAACGGUGAGAUGCAUCGCAUUUUAAACUUCAUUGGUAGCAAAUAGCUUUCGCUAGAGUGAGACUUGAGGAUUUCAGGUAGGCAAUUUUGUUGUAAUUACCAAUCAUAACUCGUGCUAGAUCCAAAUUUGAUGGUGGCAAAGCUACUUGUCAAGGGACUAGAGUAUCGCAUUUUUAUUUUUUCCUAAAAAAGCCCUUCAGCAUUAAAGAGGCAUUAAAGACCUAAUUUUUAUUAAGGGUAUAAUAGGAAUUACACAUAACUUUUCCAGAAAAGUGGAUGGUCAACCAAACAUAAGCGCUCUGAAAAUCUGUCACUUUCCCAUUGUCAGCCAAACAUGCCAAAAGUACUUUCCCAGGCAUCCUCUUCCCAGGAAUCUACUUCUCAGAAAUCAUAUUUCUAGGAAAAAAAUACUUCCCGCGAACCAAACGAGCCCUUAAUGCUCAGAAAAACAAAACAAAACAGUAGAAAAUUGCAUAAACCUAACUGAUGACUCAAACAAUAAAAGUAAUAUCAACAAGACUCCAAUAUGACUCAGCUAACUAAUUACGACUUGAUUGACUCAACUAAAGAACUUGAUCAGCACUGUAAGCUUUUGGUAUGCAAGUAUUAGCUACUGCAAUUUUUAGAAAAUCAACUAGGCUAAUAGCUUUUGCAUAACUUCAUUAAUGAGAUUACUGUAUUUUUGGUUCUUCAAUGCUUAGCCUACCAAUACAAAAUAAAUAAUGCUUUCUUCACAGAAAUCUAAAGAUGGCUAUGUACGGUCUUCUCUUGGUCAAAUAGGGCCUAUUCCUGGUUCAGGUAAUUCAUAGAGCAAAUUUGGCAGUUUAGUCUAUGUAUGAUCAUGCAUAUUUGGCUAGACAUCCGUCCUCCUAAACAAAGCCCCAAAAUUCUCAUUACAUAUAAGAUAAUAAGUACCAAUAGUUGACGUCACACUUACCAUGUUGAGACAUGUUUGUGAUUGCAAUUUGAUCUGGAGAACAUUUACCCACUUUUUAUAGGUUUCAAUCAUCAGGGACGUUGGUUUUCCCUACAUAAUUAAUUUGAUGUGAUAAUCCCAUGUCAACUUCACAGACAUGUAGGCAACCCAGCACCAAUCAAGCUCCAUUAAAGACUUUGAUGGAGAACGCAAGCUUCUCCGAAUCCUACGAGCUCCCAUCAACUCAUCAAAGAGACUGAUUUGUCUUUCCAUCGGUUAGCCUGUUAAUGAAUGUGUUCACUCAGUUAAUUCAUUUUUUUUUCAUUAUGAUAUACUAGCUCACAUACUGCUACCUUCAAGAUCACAUAUCACAGGAUCCUUUUUAUCACUUCUGUUUGUUCGGCUUGAAGCUUAUUUUAAUUUCCAUCAAUUUGGUGAAGAGACAAACCUAUGCUUCAUUACUGGUCUCUUCCUUGAAGAUUAAAUUGCCUUUCAUAAUCCAUGGAGAAGAUGUUUUUUAUACUUGAAUACCAGAUAGAUAUAUUGAUGCACCAUUUUCCGAUUUGACUCCUGUAAAAGUUAUUUGACUUGAUCAUGUAUUGCAAGUCUGAAAGUCAUCCAUAUCACCAAUAAUCAGAUAUUUCACAAUGACACAUUGAUUUUUUUUUCUUUCUCACCAACUCUCUUGCAUAACCCCCAAUGAUCUGACAAGCAGUGACCGCUAUGUGCUUAUACACCAGCAAAACACAUUACCGUCAAACAUACUACUUUAUACCUAUGUUGUAUUGUAACACAAUACCAGCCUAACAAUGCCAGUCUUGCAUCAUGUAUAUACUGAUCUAUCUCUGGUUAGUGGCGUUUUCUUGCUUAUAUUCUCAAGUAUCAACACAUCAACAACAACAUUCAACAUUGGAUGUAUAACGAGGAUAUUUUGUAGAAAAGGUAAACUUCAAGUUAAGAAGACAUCAUGACCACUACAUAGUUUCAAAAUUACCAAAUUGUUAUUGAAUUAACAUGGGAAAGUAUUUGAAUCUUCUAUUUAUAUUCUUAGAUGGAUACCCAACUUUGGCCACCCCGACACAAUGCCUUUUGAUCUAUUUUAGGAAAAUCUGGAAAACUCCAUCGAUCGUUCUUAUUCUACUAAAAUUCAUCAGACCUUUGUCUUUCAAUACAAAAGAUGUAAAAAAGGUUAAGCAUUUCCAGUUCAAGCCAGAAAUAUUGGCAACGGAUCCUGCCAUUAGUCAAAACAAAUCAUGCUGUAUUCAGGUUUAGACAGGGAGAUGCACAGGUUUCUGUUUAAAUAUUUAACAAAUGGACAUACUCCAUAACAUAGAUCGGGGAAACAUGUGUAUGAAUUAUACAUGAUACUUUAUGCAUAAAACAGUAUACGAAAUAAAGAACCAAAAUGUCAUGUAAGCAAUUUAUUGAUUCCAGAUGAAAUAAGAAGUAAAAUAAAGACCAGCAU